CUGGAGGGAAAUGUCGUUUGGAGAGGCAAGGGUUGCAAACUUCAGAGCCAAAUCCAAGCCGGUAACCCGUGUCAUCUGGAAGCCGCAGAGCCACCGGUUGGGCCACUUUCUGGGCAACCCCGCAGGAGGAGGAAGGCAAGCAGGCAGGCAAGCGUCCCACGCGAAAGCCCGGCCCCUUUUCUGGGUUGGCCUCCCUCCCUCCCCUUGCGUCCUCCUUUGUGGCACUGACACACAAGCCACAGCGCUCUCUCUCCUCGCCAUCAUGGACUACCAGGAGGCUGCGACCUGGGCGGCGGAGCGCCUGCAAAGCUAUCGGAAAGACCCCGACGGAUGGCGCAGCUGCAAGCGGACGAAUGAAGUUGCAAUUUCUUGGAGACCGUCUUCGGAGUUUCGUGGAAACCUAUACAAAGCCGAAGGAAUGAUACCAGCAAAAACAGAGGAUGUCUUUAAGUGUUUACGGCCGGAAACUGGUGGACUUCGAGAAAAAUGGGAUCAAAAUGUGAAGGAAGUUGCAGUCGUUGAAACAAUUAAUGAAAAUGUUUGCAUAACUAGAACGACGACACCCUCUGCUUUCAUGAAGAUCAUUUCUCCAAGGGAGUUCUUAGACGUGGUCCUGACUAGACAUCAUGAGGAUGGGACGAUCGCAUGCAUGGCAACGCAUGUUGAUCACCCCCUGUGUCCAGUCCAACCAAAUUAUGUGAGAGGGCUUAAUUAUCCCUGUGGUUGCAUCUGCAUUCCUACUCCAGGGGAGCCCAACAAGACGCAGCUCCUCAGUUUCUUUCAGACUGAUCUGGGUGGUAACCUCCCACAGACGGUGGUGGAAUCCUUCUUUCCAAGCAGCAUAACUGGUUUUUACAACGGCUUGGCCAAAGCAGUAGUAAAACUACUGGCAUAAACAGUUUGUUUCUCAAGGGAAAAUGGGUGUAUCUCAAGGGUUUGUGUAAUUCCACUCUCAGGUUAUGCAAGGGCAGAACUACUAGGAGCAGAGGUCAGAAACAUCUCAAAUUAUGAUCUACCCAAAGCUAAGCCCCAUGGAAACCCAUUGAUUUUGAAUUGGAAAGACUUAAAUCAGACAUGGGCAAACUUUGGGCCUUCCAGAUGUUUUGGACUUCAACUCCCACAAUUUCUAACAGCCGCAGGCUAUUUCCUUUUCG